AUGGCGUUUACACUAUGUGGAAGAGCUCGUCGCUUAGUCUCUGCAACUUCAGUUCAUAAAAAUGGUUUUCUUCAGAGACUGCAACAAACGGGAUCGGAUCGGUUUCAGCAGCUUGGUGAAGCAAAAGCAAUUAGAUUAAUACCCAGGAGGACCAACAUGGUUCAAGAACUGGGAAUUAGAGAAGAAUUGAUGCAAGAAAACAAAGAAAACAGAGAAAACAGAGAAUUAGAGACAAGAUAUGAUUUCCUGGGUGAGAUGAGACAGAGAUUUCUGAGAUUCAAGAGACAAAAGUACUUACCAGAGAUUGACAAGUUUCAAGCUUUGGCCAUAGCUCAAUCACCAAAGGUCAUGGUGAUAGGAUGUGCAGAUUCAAGGGUGUGUCCAUCUUAUGUACUUGGAUUUCAACCUGGUGAAGCUUUUACCAUCCGAAAUGUUGCUAACCUCGUUACCCCGAUUCAGAACGGAUCAACAGAAACCAACUCAGCUCUUGAGUUUGCAGUCACUACUCUUCAAGUGGAGAACAUUAUAGUAAUGGGUCAUAGCAAUUGUGGAGGAAUAGCAGCGCUUAUGAGCCAUGAAAACCACCAAGAACAUCACUCUAGUUUAGUAGAGAGAUGGGUUAUGAAUGGAAAAGCUGCUAAGUUAAGAACACAAGCAGAUUUAUCACAUUUAAGCUUUGAUGAACAAUGCAGAAACUGUGAGAAGGAAUCUAUAAAGGAUUCAGUGAUGAAUUUGAUAACAUAUCCAUGGAUAAGAGAGAGAGUAAAAAGAGGUGAAGUCAAGAUUCAUGGAUGUUAUUACAAUUUGUCAGACUGUAGUCUUGAGAAGUGGAGACUCAGUUCAGACAAGAACAACAAUGGAUUCUACUUGUCAGAUAGAGAGAUAUGGAGUUGA